AAGCCUGGCCUCGGGCCGCCGAAGCGGCUGGCCUCGCCGGGAGGAGGAAGCAGCCCCGCUGCCCUGCUCCCAGGCCAGGUGCGCUGGCGGGGCGCUGGCCAGAGCGGCUGGCGCAGGCCCGGCUCCAGUUCUGCCCGCCGCCUCAGCAGGCCCUCGGGGCCAGGCUUCCCGUCGGCCGCUCGGAAAGAGUUUUGCUGGCUUAGAGCCUGGAGCGGGGCGUUGCGGGGAGGAAGCUCGAUGCUCAGUCCAUGCAAGGCAGGAUUGCAGCACAGGCAUUCAGUUUUGACCAGCCAUUUAAGCCCUAUCUGAAGGAUGAAUUUGUUAUGGCAUUUUUUAAAGAUCAAAAUGUGAACUCCAGUUUAAAGUUGCUCUCAGCUUCAGGACAGUGGACUACAUUGGGUUCCAAAGUGAUAAAAAUUGAAGCUACAGUAGUGCCAUGUACACAGAUUUCAAUGUCAUUUUUUGAUCGUCUGUACACAGAAGGAGUUGUUAGAGAAAAUGGACAUAUUGUGAAAUGUUAUUAUGACUAUUAUGAUGAUAUUCUCAUCUCUGAUGAAUUAAGAAAGGCCCUGCUUCUAGAAGAUUCAGACCAUUAUGACUUAUUCAGUCAGUCAGAUCGCAAGGAGUUUCUAUUUUGUCUUUUUAAGCAUCUUUGCCUUGGAGGAAGUGUCUGUCAGUUUGAGGAUGUACUUGGCCCAUACUUAGAAACUACAAAAGCUUUAUAUAAGGACUUGGUAAGUGUUCAAAAGAAUCCAGAAACAAAAGAAAUAAGCAUUACUUCUACUGUCUUCAGAGUGUCUGCAUAUGAUGAGAAAGGCCUAUGUUAUCCUUCAAACAAAAGCCAUGAACAGACAUUUGCCUAUUUGAUUGCGGAUCCUUUCAAACGACACGUCCAUACUUUGUAUCACUGUUUUGGUGGAAGCUUAUUUGGUGCCUAGUUGUUAACCUGGUUGUUCCCCAGGUUUGAAAUGGGGGUGCUCUUCUUCCUACGCGAACUCCAGUAGAAAUUGUGUGGUUCUCUUCUGAGGAAGCACAUACUCCUUGAUCUCACAAACUCUGGUUCUGUGCUUUAUAUAGAUGUUACUAUAUGGUUAAUGAAAAAAGUUUUGCAUAGUUUUUGUACAGUUUUUACAGGCAUACUCUCUGAAGCUGUUUGCCUGGCAGUUUUGCUCCCCUCUUCCCUCUUCCGUGUUAUCUAAUAAAACAUUUCUCUACGUGUCUUGUCCCUGCUUAUGAACCAGCUCC